AUGGACCUCGGUAGCGAUCAUUGUAUCAUCGAAGUGGUCAUCAAGGUUGCCCGUAACAAGACGAGGACCUUUAAGUUCACUGACUGGGACUUGUUCCGAUCCAACCGCUCCGAGCGCGUCCUCACCCAGGAUACGGACCUAGACUCUUGGUGCGACGAGAUAAAAGAGGAUGUGGCUAGAGCCGCCAAUGAGCAAUGGGACGAGCUGUGCGACUCGAUGGAGGGCCACCUCAAGACGGGUAAAAGCUGGCGACUCCUCAGGCACCUACUGCACGAUGGCAACACCAAGUCCAAUCAGAAGAGAGCUUUGGUGAAAGCUGUCCAUUUGGCCACCGACUCGACUCCAGAUGAGGCGGUCACGGAGCAGCUCAUAGACAAGUACCUGGCGGCCACGGACGAUCCAAUGUCCCCCCAAUUUCCCGAGUACGAAGGGCGCGACGCGCCAUCGAUGGACGAGGAUUUUACCGUGGCUGAGGUCAAUACUGGUGCUGAUCCAAGUCAAGGGGAAGAUGUUCUUCCGCUGCCCUGCAAGGAGCCCUGCCGCCAACUCAACUGCAGGCAAGGCAGGCUGCUGCACAACGCUACAGCUUGUGGAUGCUGUCCAGUCUGCGUGAGGACACUGCCUGAAGGCGAGAUUUGCCGAAACACUGAGAUGGCGUCGAUACCAAGCGGGCAGUGCGGGCGCCUGCUUUCCUGCGUCAACGGGCGGUGCUCUUGGCAAAGCCAAGCGUGUUCACAAGAGCUGCGAAAGCGGGACCUUCACCAAGGAAGCUUCGACUCACCGUACGGUAGACCACGUCCAGACUGUAACGACUACGGCGAAUAUCGGCCCGUUAGCUGCAAGAAGGGGCUCACGUGCAACUGCGUGGACAAAGAUGGUCAACGGAUAUUUGGCACAGCUAUUUACGCCCAAGCUCUCAACAUGGACUGCAGUUUUGUGCAUGGGAUGUUUGCGCACCUUGGAUUUCCAAUUGCUACGCGACGUGUCUCCCGGUUGUUCGCCGAGAGCAGCUGGGCCCGGCCCGAGCACCGGCUGCGUUGCACGGCGCGGGGAAGCUUCGAGCCGCUGCAGUGCUCGGACUCUUACUGCUACUGCCUGCGUCGAGACGGCAGCCUCGACGGAAGGCCCGUGCGGCGAAGUUCUUCAGUGCACGACCUCAAGUGCUGUGCGUCAACUGCGCAGCUCCGUGGCAUCAAUAAGUCAGAUAACGCGACAACGCCCCCACCCUUGCUCUUCGUAAUCGGCGGUCGCGAAUGAU